CCUGGUCCCAAGAUAGGAUGAAUUAUUUUCUAUGUUUCUUCAAAAUACUGUCUUGAUGAAUGGAUACUGAGGUGGAGUGAAAUGUAUUUGAUGAAAAGAAGGUGGUAAUGAAGGAAGAACAAGUCAAGCAGGAGAAGAACAUGAAUUUGACCAACUGCACAAGAAUAACUGAAUUUAUUCUUGUUGGAUUGCCACAUAUUUGGGGAAUGGAAAAUGUGAUGUAUGCCAGCAUCUUUCUGCUCUACGUCCUGAGUUUGAUGGGCAAUGGGCUCAUCAUUACGAUAGUAAUCAAGGAUCAUCAUCUUCAGAAACCCAUGUAUUUCUUCCUUAGCAACCUUUCUUUCAAAGACAUUGGACACACCACCACGUUUAUACCCAAGAUAUUGCUCAAUUAUCUCUCUGCUAAUAAUUCCAUCUGUUUCUUUUGCUGCAUAAUACAGAUGUAUUUCUAUUUUCUUUUUGGGGUCACUGAAUUUUUUAUCAUCACUUUGAUAUCCUUGGAUAGAUACUUAGCCAUUUGCUAUCCUUUCAGAUAUACCAUUAUCAUGACAUCAGGGGUUUGCCUUAAACUGGCAAUAGGAGCCUGGUGUGGAGGUUUUUUCUCCAUUUUUUAUCAGCAACUAAUCACAGUAAACCUACCCUUUUGUACUUCCAACAUUAUCAAUCAUUUCUAUUGUGAUGUUGGACCUGUGUUGAGGAUUGCAGGGGGAGAUACGCAUCUCAUUGAAGCCCUUGGCUUCCUUGUUGCUGUGGUUGUGGUUGUGUCUUCCCUGAUUUUCACCCUCAUUUCUUACCUCUUCAUCAUCUGGACCAUUCUUCGAAUGCCUUCAGCCUCCAGACAGCAAAGGGCCUUUUCAACAUGUGCUUCACAUCUGGUGGUGGUCAGCCUGUUGUACGGGUCAGUCUUUUUUGUCUACUUGAGACCGACUAUCAAGAACUCUUCCUUUAGCAUGACAAAAUAUGUCUCCAUACUGUAUACUUUCAUCACCCCUGUGCUCAAUCCUUUCAUCUACACCAUUAGGAACAAUGAUGUGAAAGAUUCUGUACGCAGAAUAAUUGGAAGAAAGAUUACUGGUCUCAGACAUGUCUAAGUAUCUCCAACCCUAACCAGUGAUGGUAUUCAGCCUGUUUGCACCAGUUUGGCAGAAGUGGUAGCUCUUUGUUUUGUUGCCCAGGCCCAGAAUGGACUUCCAGAAGUGGCAUCCAGACAGAGAACCAGUUGUUUACGUAUUUGAAUCCCACCAUUGACCCUAACCAUAUAUUAAAGUAAAUGGGAAGUGAUUCUAUUUUCCAAGAUAUUUCUUGUACAUCAAAUGUCAGCCUAAUCUGUCUUUUAAGGACUGCUCUACUGUAUAUGUGUGUUCCUUCAAGUUGGGGAGUGUUCAAAGACAUCAUCAAAGAUUCAUAGGAUAUUUCACAUUGCAUACCAUAACAAAGAGGUAAAACUGAGUGACAUUCAAGUGGAAGGCAACAUGUUUUUUUCCCCCUCUUUGUUGAGAAGCAUCUCGGUGUACUGUAUAAAAUAAAAUUAGGUACCUGUCAAGCCUCAAAGAAUGCUUAUGCUGUUUCAGCCAUUAUUGCUUCUUAGUUUGCCUAUGAACUUGGGUGAGGGGAGAAAGCAAUGCAGACUUCGGAUAUUGAGAGGCAGUCCAUGAGAACCAAGGACAUUCAAGAUUGUUUAUUGAGAAUGAAAGACAUUCUCUCAUAAUAGUUAUCUGAAUUAUAAUUGGAUAAUGUGACCUGCACAAAUAGGGGCAGAUAGACUUUUAUACUUUUCUGUAUUGGAGUACAGCUUUUCAAAUAAUGAAGUAAAACUUUUCCUGUGCAUUUGUUUGAUAUAUUAUUUGUUUAAUUAUGUUGUCAAAAAUAAUAUAUAUUAGAUAUAUUUUAUUUUUAAUUCAUUUUUUAUUUAUAUAAUAGAUAUAUACUUUUAUAAAACACUUGUUGAAAAUUCCUUGCUUUUAAUAUGGGCAAUGAGGGAUGGAUAGGAAACUUGUUAAACCUCUUGAUUGAAAGAUACAACAUUAUGUAUGUAAUCACUCAAAUGGAGGCCAAAUUUGUUUCUUCUCUAUCUCUAGGCAAUCCAGGAUAAAGAGUCAGGGAGGGUAGGUGAUUCCAUACCAGUUGGAUCAUUACAGCUACUAUAAUGAGUUGACUUUGAAUCAAGAUCUAUUUCCAAUAAAGUUUGUUUUCUAA